AUGGAUCCGCCAAAAAUUCCCUGGGAAUUCCACCCCUACCCCUCGCGGGGUCUGGCAUCCUGCUUCGGGAUCUGCGCCCGGAAUCACCUGGAGGAAACUCUGGAAAAAUUGGAGGAAUUCGUCAAAUCCGACGCCUUCAGGAAAUCCCAGGGAUUGUUCAGCCUCUUCAAGGAGCGCAGCGAGGGCGAGCAGGAGAAGCAGCGCGGCGCGCUGGUGCUGUGCUACGGCCGCGUGGGCGCGGCGGCGCCGCCGCAGCUGCUGCGCUCGCGCCUGGAGCCGCAGCUGCUGCAGCGCCUGCUGCUGCACGGCCGCACCAAGGACCCGGUGCUGAAGCUGAGCCUGGCCCGGAGCAUCUCCAUGAUCGCCCGAGCCCUGGCCUGCGGGAAUUCCGGGAAGGAUUCCGGGAGUUUUGGGAAUUAUCCCGGGAACGGCCCCGGCGGCGCCGGCAGCAUCGCCCACAAGGCCGAGCUGGUGGCGCUCAUGGUGGAAUUCCUGAGGGCGGAGCCUCCGGACGCGCUGCGGACGCGGCUGCGGCAGCGAGCGCUGAGCGCCUGCGCCCACCUGGUCGCCCUGGAUCCGCCCCUGAGCGAUGCCGAGCGCUCCGAGCUGCUGGACACGGCCCUGGGAUCCGUCCUGGUGCUGCCCCCGCCGGAAUCCGGGAAAAACCGGGACGAGCCCGGAGCCCAGGAUCUGCUGGAGGAGGCGCUGGGGGCGCUCUCGGAGCUGCUCCAGGGGCUCCUCCGGAGGCGCCUCAGCCCCGACGGCCUCCAGGAGCUCUUUGCCCACUUAGGGCCCUGGAUCCGCUCCCCGCGGGGGCCGGAGCGGCAGCGAGCGCUCGGCCUCGCCAGAGCCCUGCUGGGAACCUUCCUGCAGAGCCUGCGCCUCCGCUCCGUGACCCCGUUCCACGCCCUGAGCCCGCUCCUGGCCCUGCUGGCCCCGCGCUGCUCCGACGGCAUUCCCGAGAUCCGCCGCGAUUCCCUGGAGUGCGUCCAGUGCCUGCUGCGCAUCCAGCUCUGCUACCAAGGGUUUUCCCGGGAUCACCGGGACGAGCUGCUGGAGGGGCUGCGGGCGCUGCACCAGGGGCUGCAAAAUCCUGAUUCUUCCGUCCUGUUCCACACCUGCGGCCGCCUGGGAGCGCAGGUGCCCAACCACCUGAUCUGGCUGAUUUUCUUCUACUGGUUCUUCCACUCGUGCCUCAACGUGGUGGCCGAGCUGCUGCAGUUCGGGGACCGCGAGUUCUACCGCGACUGGUGGAACUCGGAGUCGGUGACGUACUUCUGGCAGAACUGGAACAUCCCGGUGCACAAGUGGUGCAUCCGGCACUUCUACAAGCCCAUGCUCCGGAGGGGCGUCGGCAAGUGGACGGCGCAGGCGGCCGUGUUCCUGGCCUCCGCCUUCUUCCACGAGUACCUGGUGAGCGUCCCCCUGAGGAUGUUCCGGCUCUGGGCCUUCAUGGGCAUGGCCGCGCAGAUCCCUUUGGCGUGGCUGGUGUCGCGCUUCCUGCGCGGUCACUACGGCAACGCGGCCGUGUGGAUGUCGCUGAUCCUGGGCCAGCCCAUCGCCGUGCUCAUGUACGUGCACGACUACUACGUGCUCAACUGCCCGGGACAGCCCUGACCCGGGACAAACCCGGGAUAACACCCGGGAUAACACCGGGACAC